UUUUGAGUCAUCCAAUAUGUCUAAUUUUCUCUGGAGCAGUAGCAAUUUCAUAUUGAAUUUUACAAUUAGUUAAGAAAGUUGGUUAGUGGUUAUGCAAAAGGGUGUAUAAAUUGACUUUGAAGUCUUAAUCUUUGCUCCUGUUGUGAAUAUUUUUUGUUUAAAUUUUUCUCUAUGCAUAUUCUGUUUCAGACUUUGAUUUAUGCAGUGUCUUCAUUAAAUGACUUUUUUUUUAUUUAACUUUUCAACUCUCUUGUAUUUUUAUAAUAAUUCUAUAGAAAUAGUAAUUUCUUUAACUGACCUUAAGUUUUGAUAUUGUGCUUUGUUGUGUAUAGGUAUGGCAAAGAAGUAUGUGACACGGUUGUGGCGAAAUGUCUCACCGGUAGGCCUAAGACGGUGGAGAAGGCCCAUGCCAUCUUUAUGCUUUGGAUUGAAUUGGAGGCUGUAGAGUCUUUCUUGGUAUGCGGUUUCUUAUAUUUUCUGUCUUUUCUUUUUCAUUCAUACAGUAAUGCUGGUGUAUUGUAUGGUUGAAUAUGUUUUUUUUUAACUUAUAUUGUGCUCUCUGAAACUUCAUCUUUUUUCUGCUAUGAUUUUCUGGGAUAUUUAGUAUGGUAUGUUUGUUGCAGGAUGCAAUGGAGAAGGCGAUAAAAGCCAAAGUUGCUAAAGCUGUUGUACUCGCAAUUGAUGUCAUGUUUCAAGCCUUAAGGUUUGUAUUGAGUUUAAUUUUGUGGGAAAUGUUUCUUGUACUUCUUUAUCUAAUCUGCAUGUUUGGUUUGAUAGUGAGUUUGGAGCAAAAGUUGUGCCUCCAAAGAGGAUAUUAAAGAUGUUGCCUGAGCUAUUUGACCAUCAAGAUCAAAAUGUUCGUGCAUCUUCUAAAGGACUUACUCUUGAGCUUUGUCGAUGGAUUGGAAAGGACCCUGUAAAAUCAAUAUUAUUUGAGAAAAUGAGGGAUACAAUGAAAAAAGAAUUGGAAGCCGAGCUGGUGAAUGUAACAGGGGCAGCUAGGCCAUGUCGCAAAAUAAGGUCUGAGCAAGACAAGGAGCCAUAAAAGGAG